UAGAUUUCCGAAGGUGUGCAUACAUCGCCUAUUAUCUAUAUGGUAUACACGUAGAUAACUGCGAUAAACUACGUGCGCGCAUUGAAUUAGUUGUAAUUUAAUAGUGAACACUUAAGACAUGACCAUCGGAAGUGAAAACUUAUAAGUCAUUUUAAUCGUGAAUAAAUCUUAACUUCUAAAGAAUGUGAUUAUAUAGUAUUAUUGAUUUUUAGUUUAACAACUCUCCAUUAUUAUAAUAAUGAAUAUACGCGCUGGCUUGGGCGAUUUCAUAUAACCAGAAUAUAUAACCCUAUAAUAUAAUUAUAAGGUUUCGGUACUUUGAAAGAGCAAAUGAUAUUGAAAUAUCAGAUUUGCAGAUUUAACACGAUACAAUUAUAUAAUGUAUUUAUUGUGAUGCGUCGAUAUGUACAAAAAGGCAAUAGCAGAAUGGUACUCCAACUCUUUUUCGAGCUCGUUUUAUCCUUCACUAACCAAUCCUAUAUAUUCAUCAAGAAGCGUUCGUAAUGGAAAUUAGCACGGAAUCUUAUUUCUCCAUGACGAUAUCGGGAGACGGCUACACUGCUAAUUCAGUCUCGUGACCACGUUUGGAACGCGCUACGAUCUGGACUCAGUGGUUUUACUUCAAAUUUCAAAGUCAAUUCAGUUAACACAGUGGAUAAGACGUUUAGUGUGUGCAGAGUUAAGCGGAUUUAUGUUCCUGUUUGCAAACACAUACCGGUUUUGUGUCAUCUUUAUUCAGUGAAUACGAUUUGCGGUUUUGAAAUGCGUAAAAACGAUAAUGAGUUCAAGUAUUACUUCCGUAAAUGAUAGCAAUUGAGACUUCUGUACUACAAUAUAGUAAUUCUAAUAAUAGAUUGUUUGGAUUGACAGUCUGGUGAACGUGGAUAUAAUAUUUUAAUAUGUGAGCCUCGCUCUGUGAAAAUGGGGUUUAAUGCAUAUGCGAAAAGUGUCGUCCCAGAUUAGCCUUGUGCAGUCCGCAGAGGGACGACACUUUCAGCCACAACUGGAUUUUGGUCAAAAAGGGUCUUCCUUUAAACGAAAAAUACAAUAACACCGGAAAGUGUCGUCCCUGAUUAGCCUGUGCGGAUCGCACAGGCGAAUCUGGGACGACACUUAACGCAUAUGCAUUAAACCCCAUUUUCACAGAGCGAGACUCAUAUUGAUUCCAAACAGCUGCACACGCACAGCUUGUCGCAUUAUUAUGAUGAUCGUUAAUUGUAGACUUAAAUUAGUAGGAUUAUGUGAAAGCCGUAUUAGCUUACACAUUAUAAUUAAAGUUAGCGCCUUGUUUGGCGCCUUAAAACCUCGAUAAACCCACAUCAAGAUAUGCUUGAACAUUAACCUUUUAUGCUGUAUAACCAUAUUGAACUAUUCGGAGAUUAAUCUAUUUAUUGGACGAAAUCAUGCAUUAUAAUAUAAAAGUAUUACUUUCGUGAUAUGGUUCUUUAUUGAAUUUAAUAUCUAGAAGAUCACGAAGCUUAAUAUAUGUUUUCCGUGAGAUCUGGAAUCCGUAUCAAACCGUGCUAACGAGAGGGAUGUGUUUUUCGUAGAAGAAAACGCGACUUAUAGAAUGCUGUGAGGUUACUUAGCGGAUAUCGCACUGUGCUAAUUGCGGACACAACGCUAUGAGUGAACAAGAAAAUCAACAGCACUCUACAUCGCGUGACCAUGACCUGUGACCCAGAUGAACUCGCUCGAGCAAUGUAUAUGAUGUCUACCAAUGCCACUGUGCACAUUGGCAUAACUCUAUCAGCGAUUGUAGUUUUUAUCGCCACGAGCCACGUAUGCCGCCAAAUCCGAAAAGACUUAGCCCAAUUGACGGUAAUCGUUAUCGGUGCCGGUCCGAUCGGCCUGACGGCUGCCUUGCUUGCGUUAAGAUGUAAACGUGUCACGAAGCUGAUCAUAUACGAGGAGGAAUCACGUGCCAGGUUGGAGAAGAGGUCAUAUCAGAUCGCAAUACAGCCACAGCACGUGUCGUUUUUAAGGGGCUGCGGGGUGGACUUUGAUAACUUGGAAGGCCUCUGGGAGGAUGGCUGCUUUUACACCCGUGUCGGGAUUUAUCUAGGCUACAUUAUCAAUAUCCUGCAACUGUACAAGAAGCCGGUGGACUUUAAUUUUUCCACAAAGUUUUCGCGGGACCUGAGCGCCUGUGUGGACUCUAUUAGCGGCAGAAAACUGGCGAUAUGUUGCGACGGCAGGAACGGACUGGCAAGUCGCGUUCUAGGCCUUAGUGACGAGAGCAUUCAUCAUUCAACUGGUGUUUAUGGUGCGCUGGCUGCGAUAGAGAAAAAUAAUGAAACCUACGUGCCGAAGUCUGAAAUACGCGUACACAACGUCGGCUUUGAUCUCUCCGCCUAUAAUUCAGCCGCUUAUGAGGACGAGGGGAAAUCGAAAUUCAACCUCAAGAUAUUUGGAAAUUCCACCUGCAGGUUCCUCGCUCUGGCGAUUAAUAAAACAGAUUCAAAUGUUGUUAAAACGCUCAGGACAGUUUUAGAUAAGUCUAUGAUGAGGAACAUUUUUCUGAAGUGUUUCAACACGUACAAGCGCGCAGACGAGGCAUCUAUUAGCGACUCGUUCUGCCUGCACCACAUGCGGUUCAGUCCUCGUCUCUACGAGAUCAAGCUCUCUCAACGUGCCGAGAUCGCUGCGUACAUCGCCGACUGCGAUCUCUUUGUCAUCACCGAGGGAGAAGCUUCAAGGUCAUACAAUUUCAACACAGGACUCGAUAUCAACGCUGGCUUCAAAGGACUGGUAUCUCUGCGCUCAUUUGUGGACCAAAUAACACUCGCCGACACGGAGUACAAUAUCACGAAAACACUCGUGUGGAAAAUGGACCAUUCCGAAAAAAUCUGUAAAGACUUAAUUAAACACGGUCUCAAAGAAUACAUGUAAUUAUGAAUAUGCAUCACGGUCAUUGUAUUUUAUUAUUAUCGUUGAUAUUAUAUUAAAUUGCUAUUUUUCUACAAAGUU